AUGCCUCUGGAUGUUCAAUGAUAGCACUUCUCCAUACUGGAGCACCAAAGUUUCUCCAAAACUUACUUCCAAGGGCAAGACAAGCUGUGUGCUCCCUCCUCCCGGCUGGUGUUCUCAAAGGGUACGGCUCCAUUGUAAGCAGGAAACUGGCGUCCCACGGCUUUGGAGCUUCCAUGGCAGCAAUGUCAUCCUUCCCUCCACAGAGAUAUCACUACUUCUUAGUGCUGGAUUUUGAGGCUACAUGUGAUAAACCACAGAUUCAUCCUCAGGAAAUCAUCGAAUUCCCUAUCCUGAAGCUGAAUGGCAGGACAAUGGAGAUCGAAUCCACCUUUCACAUGUAUGUUCAGCCUGUGGUGCAUCCCCAGCUUACGCCCUUCUGUACAGAGCUGACUGGGAUUAUUCAAGGCAUGGUGGAUGGGCAGCCGAGCCUCCAGCAAGUGCUUGAGAGGGUUGACGAGUGGAUGGCGAAGGAAGGCCUCUUAGAUCCCAGCGUCAAGUCGAUUUUUGUGACCUGUGGAGACUGGGAUUUGAAAGUGAUGUUACCAGGACAAUGCCAGUACUUAGGGCUGCCGGUUGCUGAUUACUUCAAACAGUGGAUUAAUCUGAAAAAGGCGUACAGCUUUGCCAUGGGGAGUUGGCCAAAGAACGGGCUCUUAGACAUGAACAAAGGACUGAACCUACAGCACAUAGGGAGGCCUCACAGCGGGAUAGGUGAAUGUGUGCACAUUGCCAUUCUUAAAACAUGUGUUUGA